AUGAGACAAAAAACCUAUUCCGUUCAAACCCCUGAAGAUCUUGCCAAACUGUCCUCUGAGAAUGAUAACUUGACUGUUCUUUCGCAGCUUACAAAGGAUCAGCUGCGAAGCUCCGCUAGCAAGUGGUCAUUGCAUCACUUAAUCGCUUACCGGCUCAUCACACAACCAGAAAAAUCCUUUCUCGGGGCUUUUGAAAACGAUCACAAGCAUGAAUGUCCAAUUUGCCAGCCUAAUAAGCCGUCUACACAGCAAAUCGACGGUGAUAUGCUCGAGAGCCUGCUUCAGGGAGUUACCCGCUCAGACCUUUUAGAGUCUGAACGUAAAUUGAUGCAGCGUCCUGGGGGAACAUUUUGGAUUGCCCUGGCGCAGGCAUCAAAUGUCGCGUCCGCCCACGAUCCCGAGGCCCGCCCCUCGCGUGAAAGGCGUCAAGUUGAGAGACCUGAAUACAUCAACUCCACAGACAUCAUCAUAGGCUCUUCCUCGCCAACCCGACCAUCCUCAUCCUCGUCCUCAUCCUUUUCCUCAUCCUCUUGCUCUGACUACCAGAUGACAGUUGAGCACACUGACGAGGAUGAAAACGAAAGACUCCAGGGCAUCCCAGAGGAUAAAGCCGUCCACCUUGCGAUUAGCUUCGUCCGCUAUGUGCUGCAACUCUGUCUUAUACAGCCCGACGGGCAAAUGGAAGUCCGUGCUCGGGUAGAGCGUAUAACAGCUCGCGCGAGCAUUGCCGGGGUCAAGAACAUCACAUCCGAGGAUGACUCAGGUGUGUCUAUCUACACCAAAAAACCCACAGGCUGGUUUUUAGCACAUCCAUCCAUGGCCUUAAUCGAGGCGAAGCGAGCAUCCAACUGUAUAAGUAUAGACCCUCGGAACGGUAGAAGUAGCCCCAUAGUAUCGAACGGGACGAUAGCGCAAUAUCUUGGAGAAGCUGUAUUGACCUGGAGAGAAAAGCAAGACGAGCUUCACCAAGACAUUUUCAUAAUCGCCAUGUGCAAUACUUUCGUGCGAUUCAUCCACUUUACCUUCGGCUCGGACUACGGCGAAUAUCUCGAUGCCAGUACCGAAACGGAGCAAUUGCAGAUCGUUGGGGAUACGGCCAAAGAUACAUUCGCAUACGUGAGCUGGACGAAAUGGUUCGAUUUGCGGAUGAGUGAGGCAAGACGUAUUGCGGCGUGUCAUUUAUUGACGCUGGUCAGGUUGAAGCUCCCCAUUUGGGAAAGGAUUGAGCAUCAUGGUGGGCCGGAUGAUGCUGGUUAUGAUGGUGACGAGCAGUGA